CCGACGGGGCGGGGAGCCGACCAACGGCCGCUGCCGCCAUGGUGCUGGAGAGCGUGGCCCGCAUUGUCAAAGUCCAACUCCCCGCCUACCUCAAGCGGCUCCCGGUGCCCGAGAGCAUCGCCGGAUUCGCCCGGCUGACGGUUUCAGAGUGGCUGCGGUUACUGCCAUUCCUGGGCGUACUUGCCCUGCUGGGCUAUCUCGCGGUCCGUCCCUUCCUCCCCAAGAAGAGGCAACAGAAAGACAGCUUGAUUAAUCUCAAGAUCCAGAAGGAAAACCCCAAAGUAGUGAAUGAAAUCAACAUUGAGGAUCUGUGUCUCGCUAAAGCAGCUUAUUGCAGGUGCUGGCGUUCUAAAACGUUUCCUGCCUGUGAUGGCUCGCAUAACAAGCACAAUGAACUGACGGGCGACAACGUGGGUCCGCUAAUUUUGAAGAAGAAGGAGGUAUAGCGACACCGGGGCUCGGCACCCGUUCACGUCCGUGGUGUGAAAUCGCUUAACAUACUGUUUUUCAAGGGUUUAUGGUCGAGACUGCUCUUAGUUCAGACCGAUACCUCACUCGGAGGUAGUCCUAAUUCACGGUGUCGAUUUUUCCCCGAGCGUGAUCUCAGUUUAAUUUCUUGCUACACGGACUUUGUAUGCUCGGAAGAAUCACGUAUCUGUAGAAAUGGAGAAAUUAGGUCGGCCAGUAUUUGUGUCAGGUUCUGAAGUGAGCGCACCUGAGAUCUUUCUAAGGGACUGAUGUCUUCAGGCCAGCGGGGUAGCAUUGCUUGUUUCUGUAAUAACGCGAAUGCUUUUUUCUGCACUCUUAAUUGUAUUAUUUAUCAAAUCAUUUUGUUCUUGUCCAUCAUUUAAUAAAUCAGUUUUUUUCUAAUUUUA